AUGCCAAAGAAAGCCAAGAAGAAAUCACGAAGUUCUAAAGUACACACAAGGGACAAUAAACCUCCCCGUGUUACUAACCUGGACAACUUCUCUGAGGAUACCAUAAAACAGCCUAUACAGACAGCUUUCCACAUCGAAGACAAUAAGCAAACCAAGCAUUCAUUGUCACUAGAAUGCAACAACAGUGUUCCUCUUCCCCCAGCCCCUGAGGAGGAAAAUCCAAGUAAUAAUAGUUCAUUGAAACGACCCCCCUUCCGCAAACAAACCCAAGCCUUAACAAUAGGAGUGCCUUAUUCAGUUCAUUCCGAUACAGACACAACUUUUAACACCAACUUGACAAGCUCCAGCCCUGUCACAGCGCUUGACAACAACGUCCCAAGUCCAAUAUACAAGGGAAAGGGAAAGCAAAACAAGGGUCCAAAACCAGCUCCUUUGGCCACGCAUUCGACUCCUUUGCCUGUUCUGAAGUGUAUGAGAUCUCCAAGUGAUUAUAUGUUUCUUGAUCUAGGCGGUGCUGAAAACCAAAAGAUGGAUAAGGGUCUAAAGAGUGCUUCGGCCCCGGGCUCAAACGAUGCGUCCAAUGGAGAUCACCCAUCUCCUGAGCGUCAGCGAGAAGUGGCACAUCUACCCAGCUCGGAGAAAGAUUGUCCCCAUAUUGAAAGUUGCUCAUUUGAUGAAUUGGUAACGAAUAAAUCUUACCCAUGA